GAGAAAGAGGAGUGGGCAUCUACAAAGCCUGUUUGUCUGAACCCAUAAGGGACACUUAACCAGGAAAGCAGGAUGCCCGAACCGACUAAAAAAACAGCAUCUGCAUUCAUCAAGAAACCAAAAUAUCAGACUGCUGAGGUUGGGGCCACAGUGAUAUUUGAAGCACAGACUGAAAAGGAAAACGCUAAAGUAAGAUGGCAGCGAGAUGACAGAGACAUCACAGGAAGCAUAAAAUACACAAUAUCAGCAGAAGGCAACAAGCACUUUCUCACCAUUAGCAAUGUUGGGCCUGAUGAUGCGACAGGAUAUGCGAUUAUAUCUGGAGGCUCCAAAGUCAAAUUUGAGCUUAAGAUCAAAGAACCAGAGGUCAAAGCCCCAGCAAAAGCAGUAGAGGCAAAAGCUCCAGCACCAGUAGAAACCCCAUCUAAAGCAGUGCCCCCUGCUGAUGCUCCAUCAGAUCCCCCAGCAGAUGGUCCAGCAGCUGUUUCCCCUUCCUCUAAACCUCCUGCCAAAUCCUCAGAGGCCAAAAAUGAUGCCCCAGACCAUCACAAUGAACAUGAUGAAAACCAGCACCCUGACACGAGGCAGGACCUCACUGGACUCUUUACAGAAAAACCACAGAGUGGGGAGGUGACUGUGGGUGGGAACAUCACCUUUGUAGCAAAAGUGUGUGGUGAGUCCCUGCUGAAAAAGCCCACAGUCAGAUGGUUUAAAGGAAAAUGGAUGGACUUGGCCAGCAAGUCAGGAAAACACCUGCAACUGAAAGAGCACUAUGACCGCAGCAUCAAGGUGUAUACCUUUGAGAUGAACAUUAUUGGAGCCAAACCUAAUUUUGCAGGAGGAUAUCGAUGUGAAGUGUCAUCCAGAGACAAGUUUGACAGCUGUAAUUUCGAGUUGACUGUGCAUGAAGCUCAAGCGGUGGAGGGGUUUGACAUUCGUGCUGCAUUCAGACGGACUAGCGUGGAUGCAGGUGAUGCAGGAGAGCUUGACUUCAGCGGUUUACUUAAAAAGAGAGACAGUUUCAUAAAAAGUGGCCAACGCAUGGUCCAGGUGAGCAACGAGCCUGGAGUGGAUGUAUGGGAAAUCCUGGGUAAGGCUCCGCCCUCUGAGUACGAGAAGAUUGCCUUCCAGUAUGGCAUUACAGAUCUAAGAGGCAUGCUUAAGAGAUUGAAGAAGAUGAAAAAGGAGGAGAAGAAGAGCGCAGAGACAUUCCUGAAAAAGCUGGACCCAGCCUACCAAGUUGAAAAGGGACACAAGAUUAAGCUACAGAUUGAGGUAGCCAAUCCUGAUGCUGAGGUGAAAUGGCUAAAAAAUGGACAGGAGAUCCAAAAAACAGGAAGCAAGUACAUCUUUGAGAGUGUGGGGAACAAACGCUUCCUCACUAUCAACAACUGUUCUCUGGCUGAUGACGCAGCAUACACCUGCAUCGUGGGAGAUGAAAAAAGCUUCACUGAGCUCUUUGUGAAAGAGCCUCCUGUACUGAUCCUGCGUAAUCUUGAGGAUCAGAUGGCUAUGAAGGGAGACAGAGUAGAGUUUGAAUGUGAGGUCUCUGAAGAAGGAGCUCAUGUCAAGUGGGAAAAAGAUGGAGUGGAGCUUACUCGAGAUGAAUCCUUCAAGUAUCGCUUCAAGAAAGACGGCUGCAAACACACACUUAUCAUCAACGAUGUCACAAAGGAGGAUUGUGGCCACUACCGAGUUAAAACCAAUGGAGGGCAAUCUCUUGCUGAGCUCUUGGUGCAGGAGAAGCAACUGGAAGUGUAUCAGAGCAUUGCUGACCUGACAGUAAAAGCUAAGGAAGAGGCAGUGUUCAAGUGUGAGGUGUCAGACGAGAACGUCAGAGGAACCUGGUACAAAAAUGGAGUGGAGGUGAAGCCUGAUGCUAGAACCCACAUCACACACAUUGGCCGAAUUCAUAAGCUCACUAUUGAUGAUGUGCGUCCUGAGGAUGAAGCCGACUACACCUUUAUCCCUGACGGCUACGCUUUCAACCUUUCUGCCAAACUGAACUUUUUGGAGGUCAAGAUCGACUUUGUCCCUCGACAAGAUCCUCCCAAGAUCCAUUUGGACUGUCUUGGCCACACUGCAGCAUCUACUAUUUUGGUUGUGGCUGGAAACAAGCUGCGACUAGAUGUGCCAAUCACCGGAGACCCCGCCCCCACAGUGGUUUGGACCAAGUCAGAUAAGGUCUUGACAGAUGCGAGUGGACGUGUCCAUGUAGAGAGUGCAAGGGGACAUUGCAUCUUGACUAUUGAGGGGGCAGAGCGUCAGGACGAAGGCGUGUACUCUGUUACUGUGAGGAACCCGGCAGGGGAGGAUACAGCUGAUAUUCAUGUGAAAGUUGUUGAUGUGCCAGAUCCACCGCAAGCUCCCAGAAUCCUCAGUGUUGGUGAGGACUCAUGUGUAGUCGAGUGGGACCCUCCAUUGUUUGAUGGUGGCCAGCCAAUUUUGGGCUAUGUACUGGAGAGAAAAAAGAAAAAGAGCUACAGGUGGAUGCGUCUGAACUUUGACCCCUAUAAAGAGACCACAUAUGAAGCUAAGAGGAUGAUUGAAGGAAUGGCUUAUGAAAUGAGGGUCUACGCUGUGAACAGUAUUGGCAUGUCAAGGCCCAGUCCUGCCUCCCAGCCAUUUGUGCCUAUUGCCCCCUCCAGUGAACCCAUCGGUCUGUCUGUGGAUGACAUUAGUGACACUACAAUCUCUCUGAAAUGGAGGACUCCAGAGAGAAUAGGCUCUGCUCCGAUAGAAGGCUAUGGGGUCGAAUACUGCAAGGAAGGCACUGAUGAGUGGAUUCCUGCAUUUGAGGGUCUUACCGAGAGGAACUCUGUGAUCAUCCGUGACCUGCCUACUGGAGAGAAGAUGCAAUUCCGUGUACGGGCAUACAAUAUGGCUGGCCCCAGUCCUCCUGCAACUCUGUCCCAGGCUGUUACGAUCCGUGAGAUCAUGCAGCGUCCAAAAAUUUGGAUCCCUCGCAAUCUUCGCCAGACCAUCAUCAAGAAAGUAGGAGACACUGUUAACUUGGUGAUCCCAUUCCAGGGAAAACCAAGACCAAAAGUGUCCUGGAUGAAAAAUGGUGAGCCUCUUGACCAGAAGCAAGUGAGCGUGAGAAACAGUGAGACUGAUAGCAUCUUGUUCAUCAGGAGGACAGCGCGAAAAGACUCUGGUGUAUAUGAACUCCAUGUCCAAAUUGAGAACAUGGAGGACAAGGCUGCUGUGACCAUUCAGAUUGUGGACCUUCCUGGUUCUCCGGAAGUCUUGAAGAUAAUGGAUGUAUGGGGUUUCAAUGUGGCACUGGAAUGGAAACCACCCAAAGACAAUGGCAACUGUGAUAUCACCGGCUACACAAUCCAGAAAGCUGACAAGAAAACCAUGGAGUGGUACACGGUUCACGAGCAGUAUCGACGUACCCAUUGUGUGGUGUCUGACCUGAUCAUGGGGAACGAGUAUGUAUUCCGGGUGUUUGCUAUUAACAUGGUAGGCCUGAGUCUGGAGCCGUGCAACUCUAAAGACAGUGCAUACAUCCAGAAAACAGGCAUUGACUACAAGCCACCCAACUACAAAGAUCACGACUUCUCAGAGGCACCCAAAUUCACACACCCGCUGGUGAACCGCUCAGUCAUCGCAGGGUACAAUGCUACUCUCAGCUGUGCUGUAAGAGGCAUUCCUAAGCCCAAAAUAACAUGGUACAAGAACAAGAUGGACAUCACAAAUGAAGCCAAGUACCGCAUGCUCAGCAAGCAAGGCGUUUUGACCCUGGAGAUCAGGAAGCCGUGUCCAUUCGAUGGAGGCGUGUACACGUGUAAAGCCGUUAAUGCCAGUGGAGAAGACACUGUGGAGUGCAAGCUGGAGGUUCGGUCUCCAAUUACCAAAGAGGACACAAAGAAGUGAGCUGCUCAGAUUGAGUCCACACUCGAGUGUGGACAUGGCAGGGACUCUGUUAUCCCUCCGGGCUUCCCGCUGAGCUCAGGACAUGUCAGAGGUUACAGUAUAAAGCAGAAAGAAUUUAUUGUGUUUGUGUGGUCACUCAACUUUAUGCUCACACCCAAAGCUUUUAUGUAAUUUGGCUGCUGGAAAUCCAUUCAACAUUUCAUUCAUUACUGUUUGUGCCUUGUGUUUAUAUCAUUUAAUUUUAUGUGGUAAAUAUGUUAAUGGUUUUAUCUGCAUAAUCGUCACUGUUUUAGUUUAUAUAGUGUUUUCUCUCUUGUACCUAGAAGUAUGUUGUAAUGUAAUUUUAAUGAAUAAUAAAUUAUUAAAAAAUGA